AUGGCUCGCGUCGCCGCCGGCCUUGCAGCCCUGCUUCUCCUCCUGCUCCUCGCCUCGGCCUCGGCCUCGCCUCUUGGCCGGAAGGGCGGCCACGCAGCCGACGAAGACGGCGAGCUCGAGCCCGCAGCGAAGAACGAGAACAACCUCGCGGCUGCUUCCAGGUCUUCGUCGGCCGGGAGGUACGCCGUGAUCUUCGACGCUGGGAGCACGGGGAGCCGGGUGCACGUCUUCAAGUUCGACAAGAAGCUCGAUAUCGUCCAGAUCGGCGAUGACAUCGAGUUCUUCGCCAAGGCAACUGAUGGUCUGGGAUUAAUCGGAGAUGAGAAGGCAGAAGAAAUUCUUGAAGCGGUCAGAGAUCUUGUCCACACCAAGAGCAAAUUUCAGUACAAUCCCAAAUAUAUCACUGUUCUCGAGGGAUCCCAAGAAGGAUCUUACCUAUGGGUUGCUUUGAAUUAUCUGUCAGGUAAGUUGGGAGGGGACUUCUCGAAAACGGUUGGUGUAAUUGAUAUGGGGGGUGGAUCAGUGCAAAUGGUCUAUGCCAUCUCCACGAAUGCUGCUGCAUCUGCUCCAGCUGUGCCUGAUGGGAAGGAUCCAUACAUUACAAAGGAGUACCUCAAGGGGAAAGAUUAUAACCUCUAUGUUUACAGGUUAAGCAAUAUUACACCGCAAUAA